GCCUAUGACAAAGUGUGAGGGCGGAAACCUCCAGAAAGCGUACUGGGUGGCGUGGAAAUUGCUGGAAGGUAAAAUAGCUAACCGAAAUACUCACAGGACUUAAUACACGUAUCUGAAGACAUUCAGUGUUGUCCUUUGUGAGAUUAAAUAAAAGAUAAACUCCUUUUUGGUGUGGACCGAAGUCUUAGUAGCUCCUCAUUAGACCUGCACAGGGAGGCUGUAAUAAGAAGGGAGACGAGGCUAAAAAAAUGCAGGAGUGUGUGACGGUGAUCACCAACCCCACAGUGUCUGUGCGUGUGACCAGCACCCUCAGCUCCUUCGAUGUGGACCGGAGAUUUAACCGAGGGAUCACCAUUGCAGAGCUGAAGUGCAAGCUGGAGCUCAUCAUCGGCUGCCCCGCAGCCUCUAUGGACCUCCAGUUGUUCAGCUCUUCAGACAAGUUCUUGCAGAACCUUGAUGAUAACGACGCUCUGUUAGGUUCCUACCCUGUAGAUGACAACUGCAGACUACACGUGAUUGAUCGCAGCGGUUCUCUGACUGGAGCGUUCAGUGAUUUGUCCCAGGUGGAGAAAUAUGAGAUUCCUGAAGAUGCAUAUGAUAAGAGAUCAGACUCGGUUCGAAACUUCAAGAGGAACAUGAAGAUAGGGCGCUUCAACGAAGAGACCGCAGCUAAGCGUGAAGAGACACUCUCACAGAAAGAGGAAGAGGAGAACGCUGCAUUAGCCUUAAUCACAGUUGGCAAGCGGUGUCAAGUGAAAGUGGUUGGUCAGCCAACAAAGAUCGGCACAGUUAUGUUUGUUGGUACGACAGACUUCAAACCAGGCCACUGGGUGGGUGUGAAAUAUGAUGAGCCACUUGGGAAAAAUGAUGGCAGUGUGAACGGCAAGCGGUACUUUGAGUGUGAGCCAAAGUACGGUGCGUUUGUGAAGCCUCUGUUCGUGACUGUGGGAGAUUUUCCAGAGGAGGACUAUGGUUUGGAUGAGAUGUAGGCUCCACCUGCCAUGGUAUCACAAGGUAUCAGGCGGGGGGAAAAAACAUCCAUCUGGAAGGACGAAGCAGAACUCUAGUCAUAGCCCUUGAUUACAAGGGUUUUUUUUUCCCGUGUUUUUUUUUUUUUUCCUGCUAAUGAUAUUUUAGUUUCAUAAUUGUCCUGAAGAGACCAAAAAGGUAGCCUUUAUACAACACUGUUGGUGGAAAUUUAACAGCAUGUCCUAGCAUUAAACAAGAACGUGCUUAUUUACAUCUCUAUGGCCACUGGCAUUGCUUAGCUCAUAAUGUGAGGACGGGAGUAGAUGCCAAAUUAGCUGUCUGACACAUCAAUUGAGGGAGAAUGAACAGAUUUUGUUCUUUGCCAAGCUUUUCGUCGCGUUUUGAUUUGUGAAUAUUUCACAUCUUGUUUUCUCAACAAACUUGUAGUGUUGGUUUUUUUUUUUCUCUUCAUAGCUGUUUUUAAUGAAUGGCAAAAUGUGUAAUAAGAGCUGGAGAUAGCAUAACAAUUCUUUGUUUUAUUUAACUGUUUUAUUUUCACUAGUAAGCGUAAUAUGUAUAAAUGUUUUUGGAAACUAAUAACCUUAUUCCUCUUUUUUUUUUCUUUCCUUUUUCUCUCACUUAGAAGAACAGUGCACUCCCUUUUCAGUGUCCUGAUUGUUCUAAUGCGUCCUUAUUCAGUGAUUUCAGACUAAAUGCACUGGUUGGCUAAUUAUAUAAAUAACACACCAAGCACUCUGCUCUAGACAACAACCACAUGGAUAUUAUGGUAUUCCUCAAAAACGCACAUCUUAUCAUUUGAUUUCACUGAGAAUAAUGAAUUGUACGUCAUGUGUACAACAUGCACAAAUGCGUUCAGUUUUUAAAUUAACCUUGUGCAUGAAACAGAUUUAAUAUUAGCAUGGAUUGGGAAAGUCAUAUGUCUGCAGUGGUUCUCCAUUCCAGUCCAAGAGAGCGUAUGAUGCACAUUUUAACGUGUAUUGUGUGUAUCGUCAGCAUUUUUAUAAUACUGACCAACUGCAUGUUACUUUUAAGAGAUUUAGUUGAAUGAGAGUAUGACUAAGUGAGUAGUAUUUGUUUUAGAUGGCACUUAAAAAAUGUUAAACGUUAAUUUUUUAGUAGACGAAAACCUAAACAUUGUGAUCUAUGAACUUAAAAAGCAUCAAGACCAGGGCUUCACGAUUAUGGCUAAAAUAAGAACCAUGAUUAUUCUGAUAAUUUUUCACUUAUUUAAGAGUACAAGAGAUUUAUUGCACUUUAUCAUUUUCUUUCAAAUUGAACAUUAAAAGCCUGUAACGCUCGGUGUGGUGUAGGAUGCCAGUCCAUCACACGGCACUACACGCACACUCACAUGUAGGGAAUCUUUUGGCCUGCCCUAAUCAUGAUGUUGCAUUUUUGCCAUAUCAGCCACCCCUAUGCCUUUGACUGGAUUAGAGAACCAUUGACCUCUGGUCCCCCAUGUGAUGAUGCAGUGUAUACUACAGGUUUAGUACCACUCCAAACACAAAACAUGGUCCACUGAUGAUGAUGAUGAUGAUAAUAAUAAUGAGUAGUUUGGUGACAUGGCCACAAAUCAAAGUGGCAUAGGAAGUCAUUUAAGAAAGCUGCACCUGUUGAAGAUCCUUGUCUUGAGAAUGUCACACAUAUGAAGGGUUUUUUUCCCCCCUACAUCUAGUAUUUUUUGAGUCCAGCACAGUUUGCUUUUGUUUCUGCACUAACACACUAAAUAAAUAUUAUGAACCUG